AUGCAGUCAAUGCAUAAUUUAUCGAACAUUUCGGCCGAAUUCCAGGCUAUAGAUGUGAAUCAUUAUGGUUACAUAACCAGACAGGAGUUGCAGGAUUACGUUGACAAGCAUCACAUGGACCCGGACACGGUGGAAAAAUGGUUCACUUGGUUUGACAUGGAAAAUUCGGGCAUUAUUACGAUGGAAGAGGUGUGCACCACGCUUGGUGUCAGCAUGCAAAAGCAAUAUGUAGAAAAGGUCCAAGAAAAGAGGAGACUGAGUCAGAUACCGCAGCCAGUCCUGCAGCAGGUACAGCACAGCGCUCCUCCUCCGAUAAAGUUGGCACCAAUACCGGAGAAGAAGUAUAAUCUCAUGGAUGGCGUGGAUAUCCUGCAUAGGGGACAGGUACAACCGGGCGUCCUGGAGGAGUCCGUCCGCCUCGUAAAGAACUGUCCGCGGAAAUUUGAGCGGGAGCAGGAUAUGGCCAAGUACCUGAAAGACCAGUUGGAACUGAAGUACAAAAAACACUGGCAGGUGAUUGUUGCCAGUUCCACCAUUGGCUGCAUGGUCGGACACGAAGAGGAUUUGUUCAUGCAUUUUCGUUAUGAAAACUACCUCUACAUAAUAUUUCGCACGCCAGAUUUAGCUUCGUUGUGA